CCCUUACAGGUACUGUUAGUAUUUGCCAAAGAGGACAGCCAGAAUAAUGGGUUCUGCUGGGCGUGUGAGAAGGCCAAUUUCAGGUGUAACGUGGCGAGGACGCCAGAGGCAGCGCUGGAGUGUUUCCAGGAAAAGCACCACGACCUCGUCAUCAUCGACCACAGACAUUCCAGAUACUUCGACGCUGAAUCACUAUGCCGGUCGAUCAGGGCGGUGACCUCUUCAGAAAACACUGUGAUAGUCGCUGUAGUAAAAAGGCCGGACAGGGAGGAGGCCUCAGUGAUGCCCCUUAUCAAAUCUGGCUUUAAUAGGAGAUAUGUGGAGAACCCUAACAUGAUGGCCUGUUACAAUGAGCUGCUGCAGCUGGAGCGUGGAGAAGUUCUGGCACAGUUCAAACUGAGGGCGUGUAAUGCUAUCUUCACAGCAUUGGAGCAGAGUCAGGAGGCCAUAGAGAUCACCAAUGAGGAUCAAGUCAUUCAGUAUGUGAACCCUGCCUACGAGAGCAUCAUGGGUUACCAGCAAGGUGAACUAAUAGGGAAGGAAAUAACAGAAGUGCCUAAAAGUGAAAAGAAUAAGCCUGAUCUCCUUGAAACCAUAAACUCCUGCAUCCAGAAAGGAAAGGAGUGGCAGGGGAUUUAUUAUGCCAAAAAGAAGAACGGGGACAGUGUCCAACAAAAUGUGAAGAUCACACCUGUGAUCGGACAGGGAGGUAAAAUCAGACACUACGUGUCUAUCCACAGGCCUUUACAUGAUCAGAAUAAGACAUCCAGUGAACGGGUGCAGGCAGAAUCUCAGACAGACAUCCAGUCCAGUAAGCAUAAGGACCGGAGGAAAGGCUCGUUGGACGUCAGAUCGACUACGUCUCGAGGGAGCGAUGGCAGUUCCCAGAGAAGACACUCCUCCAUGGCCAGAAUCCACUCCAUGACCAUCGAAGCCCAAUCACCAAG